CCCCAGUACAAGCAGGACCAAGAGGACAGGAUGAAGCUGCAGGUCGCUGUCCUGUUGGCCAUGGGCCUAGUUGGCAUUGCUGCCUGGAAAAGCAAGACCCUGCAGCAUAGUGAAUUUGUGGAGACCUGCGACUUUGAGCAGCUGGAUGGCCCAGAUGCCCAGUUCUGCCAAGGGGAUUUACAAGUUUUCUACCCGGAACUGGGGGACGUUGGCUGCACCUACAUUCCCAAGUGCCAUCAGUACAGGAAACGGAUCACCAAGGAGUGGAGAGACCCAGAGAUCAAAUAUCCACAAGCUGAGAAGAAUAAGAGCUACGUGCUGAUUAUGGCUGAUCCAGACGCCCCGAGCAGAUCGGAUCCGAAGUUCCGCUUCUGGAGGCACUGGCUUGUCAUUGACAUAAAAAGCUCUGAUCUCAGCUGUGGCACGGACAUCCGCCCUCUCUUCAGGGCUGAGGGCAAGUCAUUUAAUCUCAGCUGAAACAUGGAGGAGAUU